CGCGGAAUAGCUGCAGAGCUGUACACCAAAGGAGCAGCCAUGGAAGGUAGCAACGCCGAGGACUUCGCCGUGGGUUGCUUCCUCUCCAUCAAGACAACCUUAGGCGACGAAUUUCAGGCUUACGUCAUCACCUUCGACCGCCCCUCCAACAUCCUCGUCCUUCAAGAGGGUUCCAAAGCAGGGUCACGGCGCAACAUAAGGCUACUAAAGGCAAACUAUAUUAAAGAGUUUACUUUAUUGGGUCAAGCCGAAGACCCACUUGAUCUAAAGAAGUGUUACAUCGAUUUGAAUAGCCUUCAAGCCAGAGAGGAAUCGGCCAUUAGACAAGCAGAGGUUGAGGCUGAGAGAAUAGGAGUUGGUGUCACCAGUGAGGCACAGAGUAUUUUUGAUGCAUUAUCUAAAACGCUUCCGGUUCGCUGGGACAAGACUGCUAUAGUUGUGAUGAAUGAGGUGCGUGUGUGCAGUCCAUAUCUUCCCGAGUGUGUUAGUGGAGGAACUGCUGCUGCCAAAGAUCGGGUGAAGAAAGUGGUUGAGUUCGAACGGAAGAGGCUGCAAUCUCGUAACAGUGGUCAGUAAGAACUUCAUACUUUCACCCCUUGGAAGAAUUUACCUUGAGAGAUCAAUCGUGACGGGUACGUUCCUAGAAACCAACCCUGCUGAAGAGAAAGAUACUUACAUCCAUGGAUAUUUAAGUGCCUAAAUUAGUGAAAAAAAAUUACUAGUGCUGUGCUUGUUCAAUGCACUUAGUUUAUUCUUUCCUCCUGGCAACAUUGUGCUCUUUGUUGUAUGCUGCAACUGCAGUAUGUUUAAUUUAAUGUGCUCUUUGUUGUCUUGUUUUACUGAUAAGACUGAUUUGAAGUGAAAUGAUCCUAAUUUUUUUUU